CAUAUUCAAACUGUUAUUUUGUUGACAACUUAAAAAGUGUUGUUGUCGUUUAGGUCGCAGUACACCAAUAUUUUGAACAUCGGGUUAUGUGAUGUAGCCUAGGUCGACAAGGGUGUAAAUUAUUCGUCACAAAAUAAACUGUUUCAAAUUUCAAGACAUAAAAAUGUCAACGAGAAUAGUGUGUUGAAACAUCAUCUUGUUUUUUAGGGCACAUGCACAGGAUAAAGUCCGUAGGUUGCCAUUCAGGCGGCAUCAACCCGAUGUUUCCGGGAAUCAGUGGAAGCGGAAAUGGAGGCUGCACGGGCCCGUUCUGUAUGGGCGCCGGAAAUGGCGGCAGUGGAGGAGCCGGAAGAAGAUGUGGGAUGAUGGGCGGACCAAGGGGAGUGAGAGGUAAAUAUUGGCGUCAGUUCCUGUUGUUAUUGCUUGCCGGACACGAAAUUCGCCAUAGGUUGUCAAACUGUGACGUCAUCGAGCCAAGCAUAGCAGCUGGGAGAGGCAUCACCGUGGAACUAAUAUACAAAUGUCCGAUUUGCUCUUCGGAUAGAGGGAUGUCCUCUGGUUUCUCCGCAUCUCCGCCCAACAGCACACCAAAAUUACAUAUAUAGUGACAAUAACUUAAUUGCUGUAAAUUGCUGCUUUAAUUCAAAAUUCGACCAAACGUCCUUGGGUGUAGAAAGUAAAUGUAGUCACGGACGCGUAAAAACCUCAUACACUUUGAAAUGCAAAUUUACUCAUAUAUGAACAUUGGGACAUCGAUCCACAAACAUCAAGUUGAUCUUCUUCACAAUGUGAGUUUUUGUCGUUUCGGUUUUUGUUAAAUAUUU